AUGGCGGAGAAAUGGCGAAAGUUCAAAGAAGAUAUGAAAAAAAAACGCUUGAGUGGGAAGAGCCAAAAAGGGAAAGAUGUUUCCAAACGUGAAAUAACUGUUCAAAUGUUAAGCGCGGACGUGUCGGGCAAGGCCCAAAAGUAUUCACGUAUCGGCCCAAGGGAAUUUGUCCAGUUAUAUGACGACGACGAUGAAGAUCUAGAUCGAUUUUAUACAAAAGAAGAGAUGACAAUUGAACGAGUGAAGGAUGCAUGCCUGAAACAUUUUGAACCGAAGGUUGGAAACAAUGUUGUAUGUGAUAUUCUUGCCGGUGAGCAAGGACCUUCCUGCGCAUCCUUGAAGCAAAUACCUAAUAUGAAUCUUAUAUACGUCAGAUUCAUAAACAAAAGCUCGACAGCAGAUGCGCCUGUAUUCGUUGAUGAUACUGACCCAGUUCAUCCGCAAAGCACAACUGUGAAACGAAAGGGCCCUAACUCUGUUCCAAGUCCAAAAAAAGCUAAAAUCUCAACACCAAUGCCCAAGAGUCUCUCGGUAACCCAUAUGUUGAAACUAGGUAAACUUAUAAACAAGUCUACCACUACCAUCCACUUGUAUGGAUUUAAUUUGGCAGAUAUGAGCUGGUCGUCUUCACCAAGGGCAGUUGAAUUUAGUGUUUCAGAAGAUGUGCUCGGAGAAGGUGCAUUCCGAAAAGCUUAUAAAGCAGAAUCAAAAGAUGAGAGCUUUGCUGGUUCAUGGGUAGUCAAAGAAUAUAAUGAAAAUGCAUUGGAUGUCAUUGCUGAGACCAAUCAAACUCUCGAAACCCAUACAAAGAAGGUUGUACAAAUGCACAGCUUAGCCCAGAACUUUGCAAGCCAACUGAAGACAAGUGUUGAGCAAAAUGGCAUGCAAGAAUCUUUUAAUGAUUGUUUUCAUUAUGGGAGUGUCUACUUAGGAAAAAAAGGUGACGAAUUUGUCACAGUUGAAGAGUUUGUAGAUGGAGAGUUUAGUAAGUAUAUAAACAAUGAUGGCACAUUGUGCAAGAAUGUCAACGAAGUUAUAUUACAGAAACAGAGUGUCUUUCUCAUUUUUCUUUUGAAAAAUCCAACAAUCAG